UUGUAAUAAAAACUGGAGGCCUAAUGCAACGUUUAUGAAUUUACCAGUAACAAAAGUAAACUGAAUUUAUUUACCAAUAGUUUUUAAAAUUUUUUUAGUUACCGUGCGUUACAGUAAUCUAAUUCAGACUUGCUGGAGGCUCCCUCAACUCCCUCCAAAGACACUGAUUUUGUUGGAGGCAAUCAAGCAACGAAGAAGCAACAAGCAAGCAAUGCAACGGUAACAAUUCAAACCAUCCAAAGGCAGUCCAAAUCAAUGCAGCAAAUUCAGGAAUUAGACAAAAGAUUCGUCUCAUGAGAAAGAAAGUAAUGGUAAAAAAUUCCAACAGUUAAUAGAGUGCGGGCAUGAACCAUAACAACUAAACUACUGGUUCAAUAUUAACAUAUGUUAAAUCCAUUGUUUAUUAGAUUUGAUAUACAUUACAUACCUUUUAUAUCAGUCAACCUGUUGUGUUUACAUUCUGUUAUAAAUAGAGACGAGCAAGAACAACCCGAGCCUAUGGUUAGUCUUUUACAAAAACCCUAAACUUCUUCGGAUUUUAGUCAAAAACUUCAGUAAAAGUGAUUUUUUUCCCCAAGUGUCCACUACGUGCUAGUUAGUAGUGCUAGUAGUCCGAGAAUUUAGCUACGGCAACUUGUUUGCUAAAAGAUCUGAAAAAACCAGUAUGGAAGGGGCAAUACCCAGUACUGGUACCAGUAGGGGACUGGAGACUGGUUGGGCUUUAAGAAGGGGCGUAAGAACUGUUACAAUAACAGCCUUGUUGGCUGUUGCAUUCUCUCUUUUAUUGCUUAGUGGAAAGCAAAGGAAUCUUGGUCAAUCCACUGGUUGUGAUUUUCCUGCCAUAUUCAACUUUGGUGAUUCCAAUUCUGACACGGGCGGAAAGUCUGCUGCAUUCCACCAAAUUCCUUGGCCUAAUGGCAUUACCUUCUUCCAAAAACCAACAGGGAGAUAUUGCAAUGGAAAACUGAUUAUUGACUUUAUAGCUGAGAAAUUGGGACUGCCAUAUUUGAGUGCGUAUCUGGACUCAAUUGAUGCAAAUUUUCGACAUGGAGCUAAUUUUGCUACAGGAGGGUCUACAAUUCAGCCACUAGAUGUCAGAACGUUUAAGCAAGGGUUUAGCCCCAUUUCUCUUGAAAUACAACUUUCGCAAUUUGAACGGUUCAAAGAACAAGCAAAUGAGCUAUACAAAGAAGGUGUGAAUUCAAACAUCAAAAGCAAGCUUCCAAAACCUGAGGACUUCUCACAAGCACUAUACACAUUUGAUAUUGGACAGAAUGAUCUUGAUGCUGCAUUUAAGUCAAUGACAGUGAAACAGGUUGCGGAAUUAGUUCCGGGAACUAUCAACCAGUUGGCUCAGGCUGUAAAGCGACUACACCAACAAGGAGCAAGAACAUUCUGGAUACAUAACACAGGUCCAAUAGGGUGUUUGCCCUUCCAGGUUCUAGAUUUUCCUCCACAAACUGAAAAUGUGGAUCAAAAUGGCUGCAUAAGGUCUCAUAAUGAAGUUGCCCAAGAAUUUAACAGGCAGCUUAGAGAGAGAGUUAUCCAUCUGAGGAUGCAACUGCCAGAUGCAGUACUGACUUACGUUGACAUUUACUCAGCUAGAUAUUCUUUAAUUUCUGAAGCAAAGAAGCAUGGAUUUGGAAAUCCGCUUACAUAUUGCUGUGGGCAUUAUCCGGACAUCCUGUGCUGGAGGAAGACAAUAGUGAAUGGAACGGAAAUUUUGGGGACUUCAUGCAGCAAUCCUUCAGCUUAUAUAAGUUGGGAUGGCAUUCAUUAUUCCCAUGCCGCAAAUCUGUGGAUAGCUAACAAGGUUCUUAAUGGAUUGUUUUCAGAACCUCCAACUCCCAUUACGGAAGCAUGCCGCAUACCUCUUCAUUUGUAAUUCUACGCCCCAAGCUGCAGUAUAGGUCACAGUAUCCUGCAACGAAAAAGUACAAGUACUUUCUAAGUGUUCAUCGUUGUUUUGUUGUUUUCUCUCUCCCUUCUUUCAUCUGUUUAGUAAGAAAAUUGCAUUUAGAAUAACCAUUAAACAAAUUUGAAUGUCUAUGUUAUAGCUAAAAAAUUUAUCAAGGCUGGCUGAUUUUAUUGUGUUCUCGUCUGCACUCAAGAUCAGCUCUUUUUAAGGCUAAACUGGAAGUAAGG